AUGGCGCCUGUGUUGAGCAGAAGCCUGGCCUCUGCUUCAGUUUCCCCAAUCCCAUUCACUCCAGCAUCGUUUUCUUCGAAGAAUUACAGUAAAAGCAACCAGUGCUUCUUGAGAAGCACUUUUUUGCCGAGAAAUGGGUUGAGAAGCAGGUUUUCGAGAAGUGGGCUGGACUGUAAAGUGGCGAGGAAGGAUUGCAGAUUGGCGGCGCUGAGGUGCGAGGCCACAGCCGCCGUGGCCGAGAACGAGACCGCCGAUAGCCCUGGAGAGACACAUGAAUAUCAGGCUGAGGUGAGCAGAUUGUUGGACUUGAUAGUUCAUAGCUUGUACAGCCACAAGGAGGUGUUCCUUAGAGAGCUUGUUAGUAAUGCAAGUGAUGCUCUUGAUAAAUUGAGGUUCUUGAGUGUAACCGAACCUUCUUUACUUGGCGAUGCUGGUGAGCUCGAGAUUCGUAUCAAACCUGAUCCAGAUAACGGCACUAUUACAAUAAUAGACACCGGUAUUGGCAUGACCAAAGAAGAGCUUAUAGAGUGUCUUGGAACUAUUGCACAAAGUGGCACUUCCAGAUUCUUGAAGGCUCUGAAGGAAAACAAGGAUCUUGGAGCUGACAAUAGCUUGAUCGGUCAAUUUGGUGUUGGAUUCUAUUCUGCAUUCCUGGUUGCUGAAAAGGUGGUGGUGACAACAAAGAGCCCUCGAUCUGACAAGCAGUAUAUUUGGGAGGCUGUAGCUGAUAGCAGCUCAUAUGUGAUUAGGGAGGAAAAUGACCCCGAUAAACUACUGCGUAGAGGGACUCAAAUCACACUUUAUCUGAGGGAGGAUGACAAAUACGAAUAUACGGAACCAACAAAGAUUCAGAAUUUGGUGAAGAAUUAUUCACAAUUUGUCUCGUUUCCCAUCUAUACAUGGCAAGAGAAGUCAAGAACUAUUGAGGUAGAAGAAGAGGAGGAACCAAAAGAGGGAGAAGAAAAACCUGAGGAAGAAAAGAAGAAGACUAAAAAGACCAAAACUGAAAAAUACUGGGACUGGGAAUUGGCAAAUGAGACGAAACCCAUAUGGAUGCGUAAUCCCAAGGAAGUUGAAAAGGAGCAAUAUCAAGAAUUUUACAAGAAGACAUUUAAUGAAUUUCUUGAGCCACUUACCUACACCCAUUUCACUACAGAGGGUGAGGUUGAGUUCAAAAGUGUACUCUAUAUUCCUGGAAUGGCACCGCUUAACAAUGAAGAGGUUAUCAAUCCCAAGACUAAAAAUAUCCGUUUGUAUGUGAAGCGUGUCUUCAUUUCAGAUGAUUUUGAUGGCGAACUGUUCCCAAGGUACCUGAGCUUUGUGAAGGGCGUGGUGGACUCGGAUGAUCUUCCCCUUAAUGUUUCAAGAGAGAUCCUUCAAGAGAGCCGAAUUGUGAGGAUAAUGCGAAAGAGACUUGUCAGGAAGACAUUUGAUAUGAUACAGGAUAUGUCCGAAAACGAGAAUAAAGAGGACUACAAAAAAUUCUGGGAGAAUUUCGGUAAGUUUUUGAAGUUGGGCUGCAUUGAAGACAGUGGAAACCACAAGAGGAUAACACCAUUGCUGAGGUUUUUCUCUUCCAAGAGUGAAGAGGAGCCCAUAAGUUUGGAUAACUAUGUCGAGAAUAUGGGCGAAAACCAAAAAGCUAUUUAUUACUUGGCCACAGACAGCUUAAAAAGUGCUAAAUCUGCUCCAUUUUUGGAAAAAUUGGUGCAGAAAGGCAUUGAGGUGCUUUACUUAAUAGAGCCGAUUGAUGAGGUUGCAAUCCAGAAUUUACAGACGUACAAGGAAAAGAAGUUUGUUGACAUCAGCAAGGAAGAUCUUGAGCUUGGUGAUGAAGAUGAGGUGACAGAGAGGGAAAACAAGCAAGAGUACAAUCUUUUAUGUGAUUGGAUUAAGCAACAGCUUGGUGACAAAGUGGCUAAAGUGCAAAUCUCCAAACGUCUUAGCUCCUCGCCAUGUGUCCUCGUGUCGGGCAAGUUUGGAUGGUCGGCAAACAUGGAAAGAUUAAUGAAAGCACAGACACUUGGUGAUAAUACCAGCCUGGAAUUCAUGAGGGGAAGGCGAAUUUUGGAGAUCAAUCCUGAUCACCCGAUUGUCAAGGAUCUCAAUGCGGCUUGCAAGAAUUCACCCGAGAGCACAGAUGCCAAAAGGGCCAUCGAACUUUUAUACGAUACGGCCCUUAUAUCAAGUGGAUUCACUCCUGAUAGCCCAGCUGAGCUUGGUAACAAAAUAUACGAGAUGAUGGCUAUGGCACUCGGAGGAAGGUGGGGCAGAUCGGAGGACGACGAAGCAGGAAAUGACGAAAAUGCCCCUGAGGGCGAUGGUGUGGGCUCGGAUGAUGGCUCGGAAACUCAAGUGAUCGAGCCAUCGGAAGUGAGGAUGGAGAGCGAUCCCUGGAGUGACUGA